AAUAGUCCUCACCCCCAGGGAGAUUAUAGAGGGGACCAGGGACUGUGAAGAGUCCUUGAAGGACCUGGUUAACUAGGGACAGGCCCGUGAGGGAAGAUCUAACAUUGGAGCUGGGCUCUGAAGGGUAAAUAGGAGUUUGCUGGUUGGACAAGUGCUGAGAAAGGGCAUUUGGGGCCGAAAGGAGAGUGUAUGCAAACAUCUGAAGCAAGAUGGGCUUGGCAUUGAGGGAGCAGAGAGCCAGGAGUUGGGCCAUGUGGUGCUCUCCCCAGUCUGGUUCCUCUACAGCCUGCUUAUGAAGCUGUUCCAGCGCUCCUCGCCGGCCAUCACCCUCGAGAGUCCCGACAUCAAGUACCCGCUGCGGCUCGUCGACAAGGAGAUCAUCAGUCAUGACACUCGGCGCUUCCGCUUUGCCUUACCAUCACCCCAGCACAUCCUGGGCCUCCCUGUUGGCCAGCAUAUCUACCUCUCGGCUCGGAUUGAUGGAAACCUGGUUAUUCGGCCCUACACACCCGUCUCCAGCGAUGAUGACAAGGGCUUUGUGGACCUGGUCAUCAAGGUUUACUUCAAGGACACCCAUCCCAAGUUUCCCGCUGGAGGGAAGAUGUCUCAGUACCUGGAAAGCAUGCAGAUUGGAGACACCAUUGAGUUCCGGGGCCCCAAUGGGCUGCUGGUCUACCAGGGCAAAGGGAAGUUCGCCAUCCGUCCAGACAAAAAGUCCAACCCCGUCUUCAAGACAGUGAAGUCUGUCGGCAUGAUCGCAGGAGGGACAGGCAUCACCCCGAUGCUGCAGGUGAUCCGAGCCAUCAUGAAAGACCCAGACGACCACACCGUUUGCCACCUGCUCUUUGCCAACCAGACUGAAAAGGACAUCCUGCUGCGGCCGGAGCUGGAGGAACUGAGGAACGAACAUUCCGCUCGCUUCAAGCUCUGGUACACGCUGGACAAAGCCCCUGAAGCCUGGGACUACAGCCAGGGCUUCGUGAAUGAGGAGAUGAUCCGGGACCACCUUCCACCCCCGGAGGAGGAGCCACUGGUGCUGAUGUGCGGACCCCCACCCAUGAUCCAGUACGCCUGUCUACCCAACCUGGACCGGGUGGGCCACCCCAAGGAGCGCUGCUUUGCCUUCUGAAGACUGGGUACUGGCCACACGCUGCCCACUGCCCCGCGUAUGCGCCACACUCUGUCCACACCCACCGGCCAUCUCCCCACAUUCGCCCAUGUCUCACCCUGGGGCCGGGUUCAGCCUGGCCUGCCCGAGCCCUGGUGAUUACCCAGCCAAGCUGGCCCCUGGGGGGCCCCUUUGGGCAGGUUCUGUUUCAGGUGGGCCACAGCCGAACCUUCAGGUCAGUUCUGUCUGGCCCUGGUUCUUCCCAGAGAUGCCCAGCCCCACCCCUGUCCUCACGACCUCUUGUCCACCCCAACACACACUACAGGGCCGAGGGCUGCCAGUUCACGCUCCGCCUGCCCCUCCUGGCAGUGACCAUAGUCCAGAUGUUUAAUGAGUAUAUGGGCCAUCCAGCACUGCAGCACCAGGGCCGGCCCACCACCAUCCUCGCCUCUACUGCUGCUGGGGUGACAGGCAGGCCUGGCCAGCCAGGAUCGUGGCUCUGCCCCUGGCUGGAAUGGGAAGAGGGGGCUGGCAUGGGGUACAUCCCAGAAUCCCAGCAUUCCCCAACACAUCCAACUGUUUCAGUCAUGGAGUUGCAGGCUGUUGGCUUGGCAGUCCCAUGGACCACCUUUCAGUUUUGGGGUCCUGGCCGGGACCACCAGCCCUGCUGGUAGGACCACGACAGCUGUGCUUAUUUAUUCCUCUGUUCCGAACCUGCCCCUCCUCCUGCCCUCACCCCCAGCACUGGGGAGACUUUGAGCAGUGCCUCUUGUCUGAGAGAUGAACCGGUGGCCUUGAUGUUGCCUUUAGACAUUAGCUGUCUUAGCCUCUUGCAUAUCGGCUUUUUCAGAGUCAUUUAUGUGCAGAAAAAAAUCGAAGUAAAAUUUUGCUAAUAUCAA